AUGAAGAAGCACACGGACAUCCCAUGUUCCGUCAGGAGGCGGGACCCUGGACGCCGACUGGUGGGGGCGGGCACCGAGGCGGAAGUGGCCAGAGCGCCCGGCGCCGCGUGUUUUACUGUCUGGGGAGGCCGGGAUGGAGGCGGCGGCGGCGGCGCCCGCGCCCGGGCUGCGGAUCGUGGCCGCCCCCAGGAAAGGCCCCACUCACCCCCUCUUCCCCCCCAGGUUGUCGGGGUCACGGCCCAUGUCCAGGGGCUGCUGCAGAGGGUCCGGGCCGGCGCCUUCCCCACGGAGAAGGGGCUGAGUUUCCUGGAGCUGAAGGCCCAGCUGCUGCUCUUCUACCUGCAGGACCUGGCGCUGGUGCUGGAGAAGAGCUGGGGCCGGUCCCUGGCGGCCCAGCCGGCCGUGCUGCGCCUGGCGGAGCUGCGCACGGUGUUGGAGAAGAUGCGCCCCAUUGAGCACAAACUCCGGUACCAGGUUGACAAGCUGGUGAAGGCGGCUGUGACGGGCACCGUGGGAGACGACAAUCCGCUGAGAUUCAAACCAGACCCUGGGAACAUGAUGAGCAAGCUGAGGGAGGAGGAGGAGGAGGCGGACGGCACUGAAGGCAAAGCUGCCGGGAAGAAGCCCCUGGGCAAAGGAGGGGACCGGAAAUACGUCCCGCCCCGGCUGGUCCCGGUGCAUUAUGAUGAGACGGCGGCCGAGCGGGAGAAGAAGGCCCUGGAGCGGGCGAAGAAGCGAGCGCUGAGCAGCUCCGUCAUUUGGGAGCUGAAAGACCAGUUCUCGGAGGCGCCGGAGGAAAUCCGCGAGGGGCGCUACCAGCACGCGACCAGGCAGAGCCAGGAGGAUGAGCACAGGAGGCGCUACGAGGAGGACAUGCUGGUGAGGCUGAACGUGAGCCGGCAGGACAAGGCCCGGCAGCGCCGGGUGGCCGCGCUGGGGGCCCAGCUCCACUCCGUGACCCACUUCGGCGACAUCAGCGCCCUGAGCGGGGCAGCGCCCCCCACUGGAGAGGCUCUGAGCCCCCAGCGCAAGAGGAGGAAGAUGAGUGCCAAGAGGGGAAGGAAGAAGGGUUUCCGGAGGCGAUAACGGCGCAAUGUUGCCCCCCAUGGAGUGACCCCCCCCAGCAACUCUCCCCUGUGCACAGUGUUUAGCCAAUAAAAUCGAGCCCCUGAA